AUGGCCUCUAAACGUUCUGCUUCUCCUAGAGCUUCUGGCAAAGAGCCUAAGCAUCAGAGGCCCUUACAGUUAAUGAGUACUGAGGAGAAAAUAGAUGUGAUAGUCAUGUUAAGAGAGCGCAGAAGUCAUGGAGAAGUAGCAGCCCAUUACUGCAUGACUGAAAGUGCAGUCGCCUGCAUUGAGACUGAAUAUGAGCAAGCUUUUACUAGAUUUGCCCCUGUUACUAUACAAAUUACUUUUCAAAAUUUUGUGUCAGCACUGUACUUUUAUUACCUUUACUUUCAACUACUAGGAACAAAGGUGGCAGCUUACAAUCGCAUACGCUUUCUGACAGACGCUCUAGGGGAUUUAGAUAGCUAUUUCAGGAAACAAGGAUCACAGCUUCAUGUCUUUAAAGGUGAUCCAGUAGAGAUAUUUCGAAUGCUUCACAAGAACUGUGGAAUGUCACGAUUAACAUUUGAACAGCAUGUGUCUUCUUUACUUGGACUGCCGCCUCGUCCCUCACCCUACCCUGACUGGACUGAUGUGUUUUUUGGUGAAAUAACUGAUGGUUUAGCUGGAAAACUUGGGCUGUGUCCCAAAAUCCCAACUCCAGAAGAGCUUGGAUUUUUUCAAGAGUGUGACGAGGCCUGUCCAUAUGUAGGUGGAGAAACUGCUGCACUGAAACAUUUAGAAGAGCGUUUAAGAGUAGAAGAAGAUGCAUUUCGGGAUGGAUAUAUAUUGCCCAAUCAAGUUAAUCCAGAUAUACUUGGUCCUCCAAUGAGCAUGUCAGCUGCACUUAGGUUUGGCUGUCUUUCUGUGAGAAAGUUUUUCUGGGAAGUACAAGAAGUUUACUUUAAAUUGCAUAAAGGGUUGCCUCCCCCAUCUCAUUCACUCACAGCACAGCUUAUAUGGCGAGAAUUCUUUUAUUGUAUGUCUGCAAAGAAUCCAAAGUAUGACAAAAUGAAGGGUAACCCUAUAUGCAUAGAUAUCCCAUGGUAUGAAGAUGAAGAGCACUUUAACGCAUGGAAAGAUGGACGAACGGGCUACCCCUUCAUUGAUGCGUCCAUGAGACAGCUUCGCAAAGAAGGUUGGAUUCAUCAUGUCUGCCGAACAGCUGUGGCAUGUUUUUUGACAAGAGGUGAUCUGUGGAUCAGCUGGGAAAAAGGACUCCAGGUUUUCUUGAAAUAUCUGAUAGAUGCUGAUUGGUCUGUGUCUGCUGGAAACUGGAUGUGGGUAAGCUCAUCAGCUUUUGAACGACAGCUAGACUGUUCCACUUGCAUUUGCCCUGUUAAUUAUGGAAGGAGAGUAGAACCAACAGGAGACUACAUAAGGCGUUAUGUGCCGGAGAUAGCAAACUUCCCCCAAGAAUACAUAUUUGAGCCUUGGUUGGCUCCAUUAGCAAUACAGAAGAAAUACAACUGUAUCAUUGGUAAAGACUAUCCAGAACGUGUUGUUAUUCAUGAAGUUGUCUCAAAGGAGAAUCGAAAGAUGAUGGAAAAUAUAAGUCAGAGAAUGAAAGAAGCACCCCCACAUUGCUGUCCAUCAAAUGUGAAAGAGACAAGGUUAUUUCUUCGCCUCCCCCAGUCUUGUUUCCACAAUGUGCUGUAGCCUGGGGGCAAAAUCACUCAUCAGCACCUCACACAAAGCAAACAAUUUUCCUUUUAGACCUCAAAAGAUUCCUAAGAGAGGUUUUGGAUUAUGGGAUGUCAAUAUCAAUGUAUUGAAACCUAUUACAGUUUCUGGAACUACCAGCCAAAGUGUAUCCCUGCCAAAUUCAUGUUUCUUUAAUGUUAUAUAGUUGCUAAUUUUAAUAUUCAUACAGUUUCUUUCUUUCAUCACAAUUUUUCUUUUUUCUUUCGUUCAUUCUGCAAUUAUAAUAAUUGUAGGCCUGAAAUAUUUAUUUGUGGUAUUUUAUUUAGUCAAAGACUUGGUCUAUUAGAAGGCAGCUGUGAGUGAAUAUUGAAUCAUUAGAUGAGUUUCAUGAUCAUAAAAUGUUUGUAAUAGUGUUCCUAAUAGCUAUGAAUUUCUUUUAGUUUUUGUAGAUCUAAUGUCACAGAUAAAUUAAGAAAUUUUUCUACAUUAGAUGAGUUUCAUGAUCAUAAAAUGUUUGUAAUAGUGUUCCUAAUAGCUAUGAAUUUCCUUUAGUUUUUCUAGAUCUAAUGUCACAGAUAAAUUAAGAAAUUUUUCUACAAACAUGAGUAUUGUGGCAUUAUAAAUAUAUAGCAUUACAGUAAAGUGGAAAAAUUAGAUGUGAAAUUAUGUUGUACUUUCAUGUUCUGUGUUAUAUGCUUACAGUGUCUAAAAACCUGAAUAUUAAGUGUUGCUUUAAAGAUGUCAGAGCAGCAUCUUUAUAGAUAAAUAACCUCCCAAGCCUUAAGCGUAAAUUAUCUCAUGUUGGUAGUAACAUAGAUAAUGAUUUCGCAGGAGUACAGUAUUAUAUUUUAUUAUUGUGUACUAUUAUAUAUUAUAUAGUAUAAAGUUGUUGAAUUAGUCCAAAUAGUCUCAUUUCUGGAUUCCUAAGGUUGGCCUGAUUGAUGGAUUUGUUUCCAAUCAAUAGGUAUAUAUGGAUUAAGAGACAGUAAUGCAGCUGAACCCUGUAGGCAGAAACCCCCUGAGUGGAAGCAUUAUGCCUUUAAAUUAGAAGCGGUUGCAUAGUCAUUGCUUUCCUUUGCCAAAUGUGCAAAGAUUAAAGGAGACUUGAAUUACCAAAAACUAUCGAUUUAUUUGUAAAUUAGCAAGAAUUGUUUUAUUUUUAGUGUUUAACUUGUAAUAAGUCACAGUCAACUGUUAAUGAGAUCAGUAUAUUCAAAGCUAUUAUCAAAAAAGGAUUUUUAUCUUCAUCUCUGUCUAUGGGGAGGUUGUAUGAGUACCCAAACAAUUGCAUGAUUGUAGGAUACAGUAUGCAUGUGAAAUUAUGUUGUACUUUCAUGUUCUGUGUUAUAUGCUAACAGUGUCCAAAAACCUGGAUAUUAGUGUUGCUUUUAAAGAUGUCAGAGCAGCAUCUUUAUAGAUAAAUAACCUGCCAAACCUUAUGCGUAAAUUAUCUCAUGUUGGUAGUAACAUAGAUAAUGAUUUCGCAGGAGUACAGUAUUAUAUUUUAUUACUGUGUACUAUUAUAUAUUAUAUAGUAUAAAGUUGUUGAAUUAG